UAGCUAAGGCUAUCUGAGGCAACAAAACUGAGUGAGAGAAGUAUCAGAGCUCUACCUAACGUUAUAAAUUGAGUGACCAUUCGGCAAAAUGAGUGAAGCAACCUCUUACAGAUUUGAAAAUAACAUUGAGAACAAAAGUUUACAGAGAGCUCUGCAUCGACAGAAAGAACGGAUAAAGUAUGAUGAGCUUAUGGCUGCAAGAGAAGGUGUGGUGAAGAAUGAACUUCUUAUCAACCAGAAAGCUGAAUGGACCGAAAAGCUGGAAGAAGCGAGUGCACAUAGAAGGUUGAGAACUGAGAAAGCUGCAGUAAAAAGCGAGAUUGCAAUUGCCGGGAAAACCCUCAUUGCGGUGCGAAGAGCAGCACUUCGUCAGCUCUUAGAUCAGGAGUAUGCCCAAUUUGAAGAGGAACUUAGGGCACAAGGAAACGCUUUCUAUUUCAAACGUGAAUGAAUGUGUGAUGCUGUGGAAAUUAAUAAAAGCAACUGAAUUCCAAUGACAAUGAUAUGAUGAAGUAAGGUUGGCUUGCAGCAAAGGAGAAUUCUGAUUUGAGGUUCCCUAGCAAUAAUGCUGAACUUCAAAUUAAAUGAUUUUACUUCUUGGAACUUUCAUAUUAAAUGUACAA